AUGCUACUGAUUAUAAGUUUCAUAUUCAUAUUCUAUAUAAUCUACAUUCUAUAUCAACAUUUCUAUCCAACACCAAACAUCAGUCCCAAAGAUAAAUACAUUUUUAUUUCUGGGUGUGACACGGGUUUCGGUCAUGGAUUAGCUAUCAAACUCGAUAAACAAGGUUUCAAUGUUCUUGCUGGUGUAUUUGAUUCUGACAACGUCACUUCUCUUCGAGAGAAACUUACAUCACGAGCUACUGUUUUUCGACUUGAUAUUACUAAACAAGAAGAUAUUGAAGCAGCUUUUGAAUUAGUCACGCAGAAAACCCAAGUUCUUCAUGCGCUGGUGAACAACGCUGGUAUUGUAACAAGUGGCUACAUUGAUUGGAUUCAAGUGGAUACUGUAAGACAACUUAUGAAUGUGAACUUUUUUGGACAUGUUACAAUGACAAAAAGAUUUUUGCCACUACUUAUUGCUAAACGUGAUUCACGUGUAGUCAAUGUGAGUUCUAUUUGUGGUUUUAUUAGUCUUCCAGGAUCUGCAGCUUAUUGUGCAUCGAAAUAUGCACUUGAAUCAUUCUGUGAUUGUCUUCGUCGUGAAAUGAGACCAUGGGGCUUACGCGUGAGCAUUAUCGAACCAGGUACCAUGCAAACAGCAAUGACUGAGCGGUUAGAACAAUCGUUGAAAAAUGUUUGGCUUCAAUUGCCAAAUGACACUCGAAAACGAUGGGGUGAACAAUUUUUUGACAAAUCAUUUCAGUUAGUAAUUAAUAGUGCAUUUAUUCGAUAUUCUGAAGAUCCAGAGAAAGUUAUUCGAGUACUCGAACAUGCCGCCAUCAGUACCACUCCUUACAUUCGAUAUCGACCGGGUUGGCAAUCUAGUUUAUUCUUUUAUCCAUUAUCUAUUCUUCCUUGCUGGCUAGUGGAUAAAAUGUUUUCGCUUGGAUUUAAUGCUUGUCCUGAUGGAGUCAAGCAUCAAUUGCUCAGUGAAUAG